GCCUUUACUGUUGUUUCAAGGCUAAUUUCUCAGUGUAAAUACGAUGUAUUGGAAGAACUGGUAUCAAAAGAGAUGAUUCAAGUGUUAAGAGAGAAGCUUUCUUUAUUGUCAGAAAACCACAGAAAAGCCCUGGCUGCGGAGAUGGAUGAAAUUAUGUUCACAGCAACGGGAGAUGUGGGCAUUUAUUAUGAUGACAGUGGCAGGAAGUUUGUUAGUAUCCUGAUGUCGUUCUGGUAUCUGAGCAGUGCUGACAUCCCUGAUAAGACUCCAGAAGGAGCCAAAGUAUUCCAGAUUGUGCUUAGAGGUGAAAGCACGCCAAAAAGAAGACAUCUUUUAUUAGCAAACUACGAGUUUCGAAGAGAAUUCACACAGGGUGUGAAGCCAGACUGGAUGAUUACAUGGAUUGAACACCCAAACCUAUUGGAAUAAGUUCCUAGUACAAAGACUUUCAUAUGCUAGUAAUAUUUUGGCAUAUCAAGAAACAUCUCAGGAUUUGUAUGCCACGAUACAUAGUGGACUAAUUUUGUGGGGUUUGCCGGAAUACCAUCUUGCUCUGAACAAUAUAAAUAAUGUCUUUCCCAUCAGAGUUGAAAGCACAGUUUGGACCAAUGUGUAAUGGGGAACAUGUUAGGUUGCUACGAUAAACAUCUUGAUGUGCUCUGGAAGAAGAUAGUUCGUAGUUCAUAAUUGAACAUUGCAUCUUUUUUCUUCAACCAUCUUCAGAAAGUGAAAUGGGUGGUCUCAAAAAAAUAAAAAAGAGAAAGAAGCGACCUUCCAAAUAUCAGAUUUUACCUGACUCCAUUGGUACUUAACAGCCAAGGUCUUGAUUUUUAGGAUCAAGUACACUAGAAUGCAUAAUUUACUUUUCAAUGGACAUAUUAUCUGGAUCCUUCAACAAUGAGAGUAAAGAUGUUUCAACAGACUUCAUAUUUAUACCAGAAUUAAGUUUUGUACUGUUUUUUUUUUACUUUGGUACUUUUUCUGUAUAUUUGGUGAUGAAAGUAAAAACUAUAAUAGCCAUGUGCAA